AUGGGCUACGCCUGCAAGAGCCACAGCCAGGAAGCACGGGACUACCUGGAUGAGCUCAAGCUGGCCGUGGCCUGGGACCGCGUGGACAUCGCCAGGAGCGAGAUCUUCAACGGGGACGUGGAGUGGAAGUCCUGUGACCUGGAGGAGGUGAUGAUGGACGCGCUGGUGAGUGACAAGCCCGAGUUUGUGCGACUCUUUGUGGACAACGGCGCUGACGUGGGGGACUUCCUGACGUACGGGCGGCUUCAGCAGCUCUACCGUUCCGCGCCCCCCAAGAGCCUGCUCUUCGACCUGCUGCAGCGCAAGCACGAGGAGGGCCGGCUGACACUGGCCGGCCUGGGCGCCCAGCAGGCCCGCGAGCCGCCCGUGGGCCUGCCCGCCUUCUCCCUGCACGAGGUCUCCCGCCUGCUCAAGGACUUCCUGCACGACGCCUGUCGCGGGCUCUACCAGGAGGCUGACGGUCCUGUCCUCCAGGAACGGGGACCGGCCAGGCGGCCCGAGGGCCGGAAGUGGCUGCUGGAUCUGAACCGAAAGAGCGAGAACCCCUGGAGGGACCUGUUCCUCUGGGCCGUGCUGCAAAACCGACAGGACAUGGCCACCUACUUCUGGGCCAUGGGCCAGGAGGGGGUGGCCGCCGCUCUGGCCGCCUGCAAGAUCCUCAGAGAGAUGUCGCGCCUGGAGACCGGGGCGGGGGUGCACUGCACCGUGAGCGAGGCCAAGUACGAGCAGCUGGCCCUGGGUCUCUUCUCCGAGUGCUACAGCAACAGCGAGGACCGUGCGUUCGCCCUGCUGGUGCGCAGGAACCGCUGCUGGAGCAGGACCACCUGUCUGCACCUGGCCACCGAGGCCGACACCAAGGCCUUCUUUGCCCACGAUGGGGUGCAGGCCUUCCUGACCAAGAUCUGGUGGGGGGACAUGGCAUCGGGCACGCCCAUCCUGCGGCUGCUGUGUGCCUUCCUCUGCCCGGCCCUCAUCUACACCAACCUCAUCACCUUCAGCGAGGAGGUCCCGCUGAGGACGGGCCCCGAGGGCCUGCAGGAGCUGGACAGCCUGGACACGGAGAAGAGCCUGCUCUGCAGCCCGGGCAGCGGGCUGGAGGAGUUGGCUGAGGCACCAAGGGCUCAGGGCGACCGAGGGCCGCGUGCUGCCUUCCUGCUCACACGCUGGCGCAUGUUCUGGGGCGCGCCCGUGACCGUGUUCCUGGGGAACGUGGUCAUGUACUUUGCCUUCCUCUUCCUGUUCACCUACGUCCUGCUGGUGGACUUCAGGCCACCUCCUCAGGGGCCAUCUGGGCCUGAGGUCACCCUCUACUUCUGGGUCUUUACACUGGUGCUGGAAGAGAUCCGGCAGGGAUUCUUCACAGACGAGGACACACAUCUGGUGAAGAAGUUCACACUCUACGUGGAAGAUAACUGGAACAAGUGUGACAUGGUGGCCAUCUUCCUGUUCAUUGUCGGUGUCACCUGCAGGAUGGUGCCCUCCAUGUUUGAGGCGGGCCGCACAGUCCUUGCCGUUGACUUCAUGGUGUUCACGCUCCGACUCAUCCACAUCUUCGCCAUCCACAAGCAGCUGGGCCCCAAGAUCAUCAUCGUGGAGCGCAUGAUGAAGGACGUCUUUUUCUUCCUCUUCUUCCUGAGCGUGUGGCUUGUGGCCUAUGGCGUGACCACGCAGGCGCUGCUGCACCCCCACGACGGGCGCCUGGAGUGGGUCUUCCGCCGCGUGCUCUACCGGCCCUACCUGCAGAUCUUCGGGCAAAUCCCCCUGGACGAGAUCGAUGAAGCCCACGUGAACUGCUCCCUGCACCCCCUGCUGCAGGAGGACUCCCCCUCCUGCCCGAACCUCUAUGCCAACUGGCUGGUCAUCCUCCUGCUAGUCACCUUCCUGCUGGUCACCAACGUGCUACUCAUGAACCUGCUGAUCGCCAUGUUCAGCUAUACGUUCCAGGUGGUGCAGGGCAAUGCCGACAUGUUCUGGAAGUUCCAGCGCUAUCACCUCAUCGUGGAGUACCACGAGCGCCCUGCCCUGGCGCCGCCCUUCAUCCUCCUCAGCCACCUGAGCCUGGUGCUCAAGAGGUUCUUCCAGAAGGCGGCCGGGCAGAAGCGGAAGCACCUGGAGAGAGACUUGCCGGAGCCCCUGGACCAGAAGAUGGUCACCUGGGAGGCAGUUCAGAAGGAGAACUACCUGAGUAAGCUGGAGAAGCAGAAGAAGGACAGCGAGGAGGAGGUGCUGCGGAAAACCGCCCACAGGGUGGAGUCUGUAGCCCAGUACCUCGGGGGGCUGAGAGAGCAAGAAAAGCGCAUCAAGCGUUUGGAGUCACAGAUCAACUACUGCGCGGUGCUCCUGUCCUCCAUGCCCCCGCCGUCCUCCAUGCCCCCGCCAUCCUCUGGGGCUCGGAACGGCGCCUACUGCAGUAAGUGUGCAUCCGGGGAAGACACAGCUGAGGAAGGGGCACAGGCUGGCCCAGGGACAGGCGGAGGACUGUCACGCUGUGCCCUGUCAUCUGCCUUCCCGUCCUGGGAGAGGACUGGCCCAGGCCUCGAUGGCCCACAGCUGGUGACAUCUUAG